AUGGGGAUGAAUAUACCUAACACCCUUUUACUUAUAUGUUUUCAAAGUUAUUGCUCUUCUCUUUCGAUUUUAUUUACACCUCAGCUUGAGGGAAAACUUUUCCAUAAGGGCCCUAGAAUACUUAGAGGAUUGAAGGGGCUGACUCUCGUGAUGAUGGACUUACCCUUGAACUUUACUAAAAUUUAUUGUUCAAAAGAUAAAAAAACCUUUCCUAAUCUAGUAGCAUAA